AUGGCUCUCCGAAAAAUCGUUCGCAACAGGCCGUCGCUGAGCUGCUUGGCAUGCCGCCGGCGGAAGAUCAAGUGCGAGAAACAGCGCCCUGCGUGUGCCAAUUGCGUGCGGCUGGGCGAGUCCGAGUGCGUGUACGAGAGCGAGGCCGACCACCGCGAGAAGGCUGCGGCGAAGAAGCGGAAGGUCUUGGUAGACGUCCAACACCAACACCAACACCAACAUGUCCACGAUGUCCACGAUUCGCACGACGCGCUCGACCCUCUUGAGCCCCACGAAGCGGGCCGUCGCGACAACUCUCCCAUUGCAGACGCUGAGCCCGCCGUGGGGUGGACGACCCCGCCUCCUUUGGGCUUAGGCUUCCAGUGGGACGCUCCCACUCUAGACUUUGACUUCGACUUCGACUCCACCUUCGAUUUCGGCCUGCUCACUCCCAGUCUCUCACUUCACUCAUUUCAACUCGACAGCGCCUGCCCACUGGACCCUCUGCCCAACAGAAGGGAUUCGUCUCGUGCCGGUUCUCCGUUUGAAGGCUACAUAUCCACCCAGGACGAUGGGUCGAAGCUCUUCGUCGAGCGCACAUUCUGGGCGCUGGUCAGCCGCGAUGCGAUUCCCUCGCUGAAUUCUGCCGACCACAUGACGCUGCCACCAAAACAUGUCUGCGGCGCGCUACUGCAGUGCUUCUUUCUGUGUGUACAUCCUCUGCUGCCCUUCGUCCAUGCCCCAACGCUGGCGAAACGCUACGGCCAGCUAUGCGCGCAGCUGCUGGGCGAGCAAGAAAACAUCAUCCCCCUCUCCGUGUCCACGUCCGAGGCCGGCUUUGUUGCCCUCUUAUGGGGUGUCAUGUACGCCGGCGCGAUAGCGGCCUCAGGCACGCCCCUUGCCGCGUCUGCCCAAGUCCCGGACACGCUUGCCUUCCGUGACAGUCUCUAUUCUGCCUUUACGAGCGCCAUGAAGGCCUCCAACUUCCCCGAAACACCUACUAUGGACUCACUCGUCGCCGCACUGGUUGUGCAGAGCGGCCUCGGCCGUGAGGACAUCUACCAGCUGCGGACCGCGCAGAUUACCAGCACGUGCAUCCGCGCCGCCCAGCAACUCGGCCUACACCGCGAGGCAUCACGGAAGGGCUUGGGCACGGUCAAGAGCGAGCUAGGUCGGCGUAUCUGGUGGCACCUUGUCGACUUGGACAUUCAAUCGGCUGUGGCCGCAGGAACCAAGCUGCAGGCGGCACGCGUUGAGGGCUCGUCCGACACGCGUAUGCCUGUUGAGUUCUUGGAAGAUCAGAACGUGCUAGCCGGCGAGAACACGCCCAAGUCCUCAGCGUUCUUGUUGUUUGCCCUCGGCCGUGCCGAGAUCGCCUCAGCCAUGCGUCACAUCGUAGUGAGGGCCUAUGACCGACAAAAACCUAAUCAGCGUGACUUGAUCGAGCUCAACGACAUGCUCUCCUCUCUCAAUAGCCGCAUCCGUGCCAUCUCUGCGCGCCUACCAGCCAAAGGCGUGCCCGAGAAGGGCCUGGUGUCCUCCUUCCAAGCGAACGUGGGGCCUGCUACCCACAAUACACUCUACAGGGACGACCCCGGCACUACCACCGUCUUCAACUUUUGGGCCCGAUCAGUUCUUCACAUGCUUUACUUGAGGGCACUGAUACUCCUACAAAAACGCUUCCUUCACAACUUCACCGGCCAGCGCCAGGCAACAUUGUGGAAAACGUAA